GGCAGUCGCGGCCCGCGAUCUUUGGGCGGGGGCGGCGCUCGGCAGUUCCUGCGUGGCUGCUCUGGGACGCUGUGAGGUUCCGCGCCUCUGCCGCUCGUCUGCGGACCCUCGAGGCGAGGUGCAUGCUGACUCCUGUCGGCCCGCCGGGCCUGUCAUUACCGGCUGUCUGAUUUCCCCUGACCCCAAGUUCUGCCUUAACCAGUGUUUGGUUCCCUUGAGUCUGGAGCGUGACGGUGGAAGCUCCAGAGUCUUGGAUAUGGACCUUCUUCAGUUCCUGGCCUUCCUCUCUGUCCUGCUACUGUCUGGGACAGGAGUCACAGACACCCUGAGGACCUCCCUGGACCCGAGCCUGGAGAUCUACAAGAAGAUGUUUGAGGUGAAGCGGCGGGAGCAGCUGUUGGCGCUGAAAAACCUAGCACAGCUGAACGAUGUCCACCAGCAGUACAAGAUCCUUGAUGUCAUGCUCAAGGGGCUCUUUAAGGUGCUGGAGGACUCCCGGACAGUGCUCAUUGCUGCAGAUGUGCUCCCAGAUGGGCCCUUCCCCCAGGACGAGAAACUGAAGGAUGCUUUCUCCCAAGUGGUGGAGAACACGGCCUUCUUCGGUGAUGUGGUGCUGCGCUUCCCAAGGAUCGUGCACCACUGCUUUGACCACAACUCCAACUGGAACCUCCUCAUCCGCUGGGGCAUCAGCUUCUGCAACCAGUCGGGCGUCUUUGACCGGGGCCCCCAUUCGCCCAUCCUCAGCCUGAUGGCCCAGGAGCUGGGAAUCAGCGAGAAAGACUCUGACUUCCAGAACCCAUUUAAAGUAGACCACACAGAGUUCAUCACCAGCAGUGACCCUUUCCAGAAGGCCCUGAGAGGAGAGGAGAAACGCCGGAAGAAAGAGGAGAAACGGAAAGAGAUCCGAAAAGGCCCUCGGAUCUCAAGAUCCCAGUCCGAGUUAUAGCCCUGGAGCAUCCCAGGGUUCAAGGGGCCAGGAGGAGGCCAGUCGGGAGGAAGAGGAGAACGCAGCGGUAUGACUGGUGGUGAGAGCUGGCCCCUGUGAGAGGGGAGGCCGAGUUUGCUCAGCCCCUUGGAGCCGGCUCUGAGCCCCAGCCGAAGGGACUGGGCCGCAGAGGGCUGCAUUUCUUCCCAGAGACCUCCCUGGAGGGGUGCCAAGGGAGCCUUCAGAGGGCGCUAUGCUGCAGACCUAACCCUGUAGAGACGCUGCGGGGAGCAGGAGGGAUCCUGGGCUGGACUCUCCCGUUGGGUUAGGACCACUGGCCGGCUGGCUGCUGCCCUUCCUGGCGAGGCAGCAGAACUAGGCUCUGAGCCAUGUGUGGAGGUGUCAUGCCUGCUGCUGGCCCCACUGUGUCACUGAGUUGCCUGGCACAGUUGUCCCCUGCAGAGACAAUAAAAGCCAGCAAAUGCUCUGGGCUAGCAGGUUGGUUUGGGCCCCAGGGAGCUGUGAGCCUCUCCAUGGGGCAGGUGAGAGGGGCCUGGGUCCGGGGAUAGGGGGCC